CAUUUCGCGUUUACCUGUCAUUGGUGUAGUGUUUGUUGUCAAGUGCUACAGGUUUAAACCAUCGGGCUGUGGUGCUCUCGUAUCAUCGCGUUUGUUUACAUGAGGAGCAUUCUUUUUGGCGGGCCCUUCCGAAGAUUGAUUUGCAAUGAGGCAUCAAUCAAAAGUUCAUUGAAAUGCUGAAUAGCCAUCUGCUGAAUUCCGAGAAGAGACGUCACGUAUUCAUUAACGUAGAGAGGAGAUCGCGACACUGCGACGGCGGCGGUGGGCGGUAGGCGUGGCUGACUACUGCUUGGCGACCACACCCCGCUCUGGACUAACGAGAUGCGUUGCCACUGGUUGCAGUGCUGAAGGCGUGUUGAUGUCGGACCGCUCGCCAUGACAGUUCACUGGUGGAUGCAUUGGUUCUGGAUCACAACUGUGGUGGCAGCCCUGCUGCUGGUGCCGCUGGCGACCGGCCACCCCACGGCCGGCCCCACGUCGCCACCGUCGGCCGCAGGGGGGCGCUCGGCGCACGCCGGCCCCCGCGACUGGCACUCCUGGCCGCCGCCCUACGAGGACGAAGAGGACGACGAGGACGGCUUCCUGGGGCCGCGCGCGCUGCCGCUCGAGGGCCGCCCGCCCGACGAACCGCCGGAGGAGCUGGUGCCGCAAGACGCAGACGUGGACGGCGAGAUCCUCGCCGAAUACGCUCGCGAGGUGGCUGCUAGCCGCGCCGCCGCUCGCAACUCCGACGUACCUGAAGGGAACGGGGCACCCGGAGAGCAGCCCGCCUCCAAGGCUCUGACCACCAGGGAUGUACUGAAUGUUGCGCCGUCGGUGGCCAACUCCACAGUCGUCGACGCAGUUUCGUCUAGUCAGCCAAAUAAUUCGGGCAGUCGCGGUAACUCUAGUAGCGAUAGUGUGACGACUGGCGCGAGAGAAAGCAAGUCUUUCAGCUCUUCGGUGGCGCCAGUUUCUGUGGCACCUGUGAAGCCUCUGAAGGCGGAGACGGGGCAUAACAACGUGGAUACCGAGACUAAGGCGGGCACCGCGCGGGACCGGCUGCCGACGUCAGCUCCGGUGGCGGCCGCGUCUGGGAGCAGCACUGCCGCCCCCGAGAGCGCCGAGCCGCAGGGCGGCGUCGCGACGGCCCGGGCCGAGGUCGCGCCGCAGGACAGCUCCGACGCGCCGCAGGCCGGCGGCGUAGCUGCCUCGGCGGAAGCCGGCAGCCCCCAGCCGGCAGAAGAGGACGCGUACGCCACGGCACCAGCGGAGACAGUGCCGGAGACGGGCCCGGACGCGUCCUCCGUGCCGCCGGAGGAAGAGAGCGCCUGGACGGCGUACGACGCCUCCGCGGCGGCGGCAGCGGCGGCCGACGACGACGUGGACGUGGUGGGCCAGCAGGAGGAGGCGGCGCCACGGUCGCGCACGGCGGAGCGCGAGGCGGCCGACGAGGAGGAAGUCCCGGCGGCGGAGGCGGACGCGCCGGUGAGCCGCGGCCGCGUCGCGCCCGCCGCGCCGCCCACCGCCGCCAUGGACGCCGCCUCCAUCACCGGCAUCGCGCUCGGCAUCGUCGUCUUCUCCAGCCUCGUCGGAGCAGUAAGCUUCGUAAUGUACCGACGACGAUAUCUGAACAAGCCACAGACAUUGAAUGACAAGUGCAGUAAUCCUGAUUCAAGUGGUUACAUUGACGACAGUACACUACGGGUGAGUUCCAGCAAGGGUCACAGAGUUAUGACAUACAAGGAGAACUCGGAAGAAAUGUACAGUCUGGAUAAUGAUUCAUUUUUAAAUAGUCUUGAAGCAAUGACGAUACAAAAUUAUUGGACAGACAAUGUAAAACAUACUAAACUGUAGUAUUUGUCCUUUAAUUUGUGAGAAAAUUCCUAAUCCUAAUUUUAUUUGGUCAGAUUAUGCCCUUGUAUAAGAAACUCUAGUAAUUUGAUGACAUAUUUAUGUCUAGAUGAAGCCCAUAAAAGUUUUGCAGGUCAUGUAACAGAAGUAAUUAAAUGACCACUUAAAAACAAUUACCUUAUUUGUAGAAUUUCACUGCUGCCACAGAGUUAAAUUUGAUGUUACUUCUCUACAAUGCAGGUAAUUUUCAGAUAACUGUAUAACAAUAUAUUAUGUUACUACUACUUACUUCUCAGAUAUCUCUUAACUUUUUGAAAGUGAAUAUGAAUGCAGUAAAUAAAAUUGCACUUUGUACUCUUUAUUCCAAACAGAAACAAUUUAUCAUAUUUGAUGUACCUUCCUGCAACAAUCAGGUGCCUCUCUUGUAGUUACCUUCAGUUCAUUAGACUCAAUCCAAGAUCUGUAAACACUUUUGUAGAAAUGAGGAAGUAUAAAAAGUAGUAAUAUAUUUUGAAGUAAUUCUGCAGCAAUAAAACUGUAUAUUAUGUAUAGUGUAACCUGUUGAUUGUUUGUUAUAGUAAAUGUUUCAGCAGAAGACUGUUAAAGUGGUUUAUUGUGUGUGUGUGUGUGUGUGUGUGUGUGUGUGUGUGCACAUUUUAGCAAAUAUGUGAAAAAUGGUAUCAAGUACAAUCUCUACAAAAGUUCAUUAGCAAUUCUAUGUAUGAAUGAAUACAAUUUCAAAAUAGUAGUUUUAGCAUCUGACUGUUAUACUUGUAUUUAAUCAGAUAUAUUUUAAAAAUGUAGUUGGAUAAAUUCAAGUUGUAGCUUCCAGCAUUACAUCAGCUGGUAAAGACAGAUUGUGAGCUAUUUACUCAAGAAUGUAAAAGCAAAUUUUAUGGUAUUUUGCUAAUUUGUAUCAAAGUUUUGUUAAUUUCUGUAAAUCGUGUAUUUAAAACAUUUAAUAAAAUAUUUUCCAGGAA